AUGAUAAAGUACUACCAGCACAACCUAGCACUGGCAUUUGCGGUCAAUGAGAUCAAUGCAAAUCCCCAGAUCUUGCCAAAUGUCACCCUUGGAUUCCACAUCUAUGACAGCUACUUUGAUAUGUCAAUGACCUACCGUACUACUCUGGGCCUGCUCUUCAAAUCACAGAGGUUUGUUCCAAACUACAAAUGUGAUACACAGAAAAAUCUCUUAGCCAUCAUUGGGGGACUUGAUUCCCGGACUUCCUUCCAAAUGGCAGAAAUCUUAGGACUCUACAAAAUUCCACAGAUCACGUAUGGCUCAUUUGUCUCAAAGGAGAGGGAUGCAAUGGAGUUUUCAUCCUUUUACCGCACAGUCCCAAAUGAAGCCCAACAGUACAUGGGAAUUAUCCGAUUGCUGCUCCAUUUUGGGUGGACGUGGGUUGGCCUCCUGACUGCAGAUGAUGAUGGGGGAGAGAAUUUCUUGAAGACCCUUGAGCCAGUGCUUUCCCAAAAUGAAAUCUGUUUAGCCUUCACUGAAAGAAUCCCAAACCAAGGACAGUGGGAUAUGUUUGGAGACAUUGCUAAUUUACUCUAUAUUAUAUAUCAACCUUUACAAGAUAAAAAUGUGAACACUUUUAUCCUUUAUGGAGGAUCUCUUACAAUGGUAUCACUGAAUAUGAUGUUAUUUCUUGGAUAUACUGGAAAUGUCGGAAAUGUAUCAUUAAGCAAAGUGUGGAUUUUAACUGCUCAAGUGGAUUUCAUCUUAUCUGGAGCUCUAAGGAACUGGAAUUUUGACUUAUUCCAUGGUGCAAUAUCAUUUGCAAUUCACUCAAAUCAGCUCCAGCAGUUCAAGAAAUAUCUUUCUAGUAUGAAACCUUACCAGGAAAAACAAAAUGGGUUUCUCAAGGAAUUCUGGGAGCAAGCAUUUGAUUGUUCAUUUCCAAAUCUCCACGGGCCAAUACAAGUGAAUGAGAUGUGCACUGGAGAGGAGAGACUAGAGAAUCUUCCGGGGGCUAUUUUUGAAAUGCACAUGACCGGUCACAGCUACAGUGUCUAUAAUGCUGUCUAUGCCAUAUCAUAUGCUUUGAAGGCCAUGGCUUCAUCUAACUCUAUGGGUGGAAAAAGUGUUCAAAUCCAACAUCACCAACCUUGGCAGCUGCACCCUUUUAUUCAAAGCAGUUCUUUCAACAAUUCUGCUGGAGAAACAGUGUCUUUUAAUGAUAAGAAGGAAAUAGAAGAUGGAUUUGACAUCAUGAACAUGGUCACAUUCCCCAAUAGGUCCUUUCUUAGAGUCAAAGUCGGCAGAGUUGAUUCCUCUGCUCCCAAAGAGAAACGGUUCAUUAUUCAUGAUGAUAUGAUAGUGUGGAAAACAACAUUUAACCAGGGUCCUCCCCUUUCUGUGUGCAAUGAUUACUGCCGCCCUGGUUCUCAGAAGAAAAAGAAGGAGGGGGAGAAAUUUUGCUGUUACAAUUGUACUCGUUGCCCGGAGGGGAAGAUUUCAAGUCAGAAGGACAUGCUCGACUGUGUAAAAUGCCAAGAAAACCAAUAUCCAAACAAGGACCAAACGGGAUGCAUCCAGAAAGUUACAACUUUCUUGACAUUUAAGGAACCUUUAGGGAUCAGUUUAACUGUAUUAGCUGCAACAUUUUCCCUUAUCACGGUUUUAGUGCUAAGAACUUUCAUUAAACACAGAGACACACCCAUUGUCAAAGCCAACAACCGGCAUAUCACCUACACUCUCCUGGGAUCCCUUCUGCUCUGCUUCCUCUGUCCGUUGUUAUUUCUUGGAGAACCAAACAAAGGGACCUGCUUCAUCCGACAAGUUGCUUUUGGCAUCAUCUUCACAGUGGCUGUUUCUUGUGUGUUGGCCAAAACCGUCACUGUGGUUGUCAUUUUCAUGGCCACCAAACCAGGGUCCAGCAUGAAGAAAUGGGUGGGGAAAAAGCUGGCCAACUCAAUUCUUCUUUCUUGUUCUCUUGUUCAAGCAGCCAUUUGCAUGGUGUGGCUAGGAAGCUCUCCCCCUUUCCCUGAUUUAGACAUGCAGUCUCUGAGUACAGAGAUGGUAGCAGAGUGUAAUGAAGGGUCAGCCAUCAUGUUUUACAUUGUUCUGGGCUACUUGGGACUUCUGUCCCUCAUCAGCUUGACUGUGGCUUUCCUAGCCAGGAAGCUGCCAGACAGUUUCAACGAAGCCAAGUUUAUCACCUUCAGCAUGCUGAUCUUUUGCAGUGUUUGGCUGUCUUUUGUUCCAAGCUAUGUCAGCACCAAAGGGAAGUACAUGGUAGCGGUGGAGAUUUUCUCUAUCUUGGCCUCCAGUGCAGGGUUGCUGGCCUGUAUCUUUUCCCCUAAAUGUUACAUUGUUGUUCUGAGGCCUCACCUGAACAGCAGAAAGCAGCUAAUUAGGAGAAAGAAUUGA